CUCCUUCCAACCCCAAUCCAAUCCAUCCAAUUCAAUCCAAUCCAACCCAGUCCAAUCCACUUCAAUCCAAUCCAAUCCAAUCCAACCCAACCCAGCCCAACACACCAUACCAUACCCACACCCACAGCACUGGCAAGUGGCCAUCAACAGACACAUGAACAUCUACUCCAUCCUCCACACAACCACCACCACCAAACCCAUCCGCAAAAACCGAAAAGCAAAGACCAAGACCAAGACAAAGAUGCACCUCUCAGGCAAAUACAUCUCCACCCUCUGCCUCCUCGUGACAGGCAUCUACGCCCAGGCCGGUCCGUCUGGCAGCGACACGGGCAAUACGCUCUGCUUGGGGAGCUGUGCGGAUACGAAGGAGGAAUUGUCUUGUAUGGGUGGGGGGGUUGCUACUUUCCGAGAGAAAAAACAAUGCUGGCUGUGCUGCCACAACGACGACCAUUUGGAUAAGUUUGCGGACCGCACGGAUGAUUUCGUGGAUCAUUUGGAGGAUGUCAUUCCUAAUCGGGCUGCACAUGUGUAGAUCUUUCACUAGAUGAUCAGGGAGGGAGGUUGUUGGUUGGUUGGUUGAUAUUGCAUUUGCUGGACGGAGUGGUGGGGAGGGAGGUUGUUAUAUUGGUAUUGGUUGGUUUGGGUGGAGAGGGUGGUUGUUGAUAUUGAUAUUGGAUAAUAUUGGAUGACAUUGGUAUUGGUGGAGAGGGAGAAAGGGAGGUAGGAUCAAGGGAUUGGAGAUCUAUUUA